AUUCUAACCCUUCAUCUGGUCACUCUAAUAAGCCAAAUAAAAUAAAUAUCUAAAGAAUUUACGCUCCUAAAGAAAAGGUGUUUUUGUGUGCCACGUCCGGAACCAACUGACAAAAGCCGCCAAGCUGUUCAACCUACCGCAAGUGUACAAGCAGACGACCGACUCCAGCCGUCACAGCAGCAGCAGCAGCAGCAGGAUGCCAUCCCCAACUUUCCACUCCUCUCGCUUUUCCCGCUCUCCGCAGGUGCACGAAUUCAAGGUGGAAAUGACCUGCGGCGGAUGUGCCAGCGCCGUGGAACGUGUCUUGGGCAAAUUGGGCGAUAAGGUCGAAAAAGUGAACAUUAACUUGGAGGAUCGGACGGUGAGCGUGACAUCGAACCUGUCGUCCGACGAGCUAAUGGAACAGCUGCGCAAGACCGGAAAGAGCACAACGUACGUCGGAGUGAAGAAAUGAGACGAGUUCCUCAGCAAGUUUCAGAAGUACGGCAAACUGAAACUUGAAGUCUAGAGUCUGGACUCUAGAGGAUAGAGGGAUCUUCCACAUUGUCGCUCCGAAAGCAUUCGAGUUGGGUCGCUGUUCAGUGAUAUUCAUGAGAUACAUACAAAUUUAAAUCUUACUCAAAAUCAAAUAUAGGAAUGAUCUACAAAUUUUACACUAGUAUUUGCUCUUGCCCAAAUUGUAUGUAGCUCGUAGUUAACCAAUUAAAGUGUUAUUAUAUUAUGCAUUACUUAUGCCUAGAUGAGGAAUUUUAAAUUCAAGUUGAACUAAUCAAAUCUUAAAAGCCAACGUUUUGCCUAGUUAAGUAGUUGCCGUAUUUGGGAGUACUCAAAUAAAUCCAAUGUAGUUGCCAAUAAAUGACAUACGCCAA